GGUCUGUAGUGCGCGCGCUGCCAGCCGAGGCUCCUGCCGCCGUGACCCGCGCUCCGCCUGCCGCCGGGCUGCAGGGACCCCCGAUAGCUCAUGUCAGAAGAAAGUGACUCUCAGAGAACCAGCCCCUCUGUGGCCUCACUCUCCGAAAAUGAGCUGCCACUGCCUCCGCCCGAGCCUCCCGGCUACGUGUGCUCGCUGACGGAAGACUUGGUCACCAAAGCCAGGGAAGAGCUUCAGGAGAAGCCUGAAUGGAGACUCCGGGAUGUGCAGGCCCUCCGAGACAUGGUGCGGAAGGAGUACCCAUACCUGAGCACCUCGCUGGAUGAUGCCUUCCUGUUGCGCUUCCUGCGGGCCCGAAAGUUUGAUUAUGACCGGGCCCUGCAGCUGCUGGUCAACUACCAUGGCUGCAGGCGGAGCUGGCCAGAGGUCUUCAGCAACCUGAGGCCCUCCGCCCUGAAAGAUGUUCUUGACUCCGGAUUCCUCACAGUGCUGCCCCACACGGACCCCAGGGGCUGCCAUGUCCUCUGCAUCCGACCAGACAGAUGGAUACCGAGCAACUAUCCAAUCACUGAGAACAUCCGAGCCAUAUACUUGACAUUAGAAAAACUCAUUCAGUCCGAAGAGACCCAAGUGAACGGAAUUGUAAUUCUCGCAGACUACAAAGGCGUGAGCUUAUCAAAAGCAUCUCAUUUUGGCCCUUUUAUAGCCAAAAAGGUGAUUGGCAUUCUUCAGGAUGGCUUCCCCAUUCGGAUAAAAGCCGUCCACAUAGUGAACGAACCUCGGAUAUUUAAAGGCAUUUUUGCCAUCAUAAAACCAUUUCUGAAGGAGAAAAUAGCAAACAGGUUCUUUCUCCAUGGGUCUGACCUGAACUCUCUCCACACAAACCUUCCAAGGAAUAUCCUCCCCAAGGAGUACGGGGGCACAGCUGGAGAGCUGGACACUGCCACCUGGAAUGCAGUGCUGUUGGCAUCAGAGGAUGAUUUUGUAAGAGAAUUCUGCCAGCCUCUACCUGCCUGCGACAGUCUCCUGGGCCAGCCACUGCUGUCUGAAGGACUGAUCUCAGAUGUGCAGUGUGAUGAUUCCAUACGAGCCGUGAAGUCCCAGCUCUACUCCUGUUAUUAGCACUCUUCUGGGAGAGUCACCAUGUAGAAUUCCUUAUUCCUUAGAAAUGUACAAGGUUUAAGAUGCCAAGGCCUCAGUCUUGCUCCGUCAUUAUGCAGUGACGGAGCUGCCUAUAGAGAUUCAAGGGUGAGCCCAUCACAGGCAGACCUUUGGCUACCUGGAUUAUUCCAGGGAAGACAUGGAAAUUGCCCUGGUGAUUCCCAAAUGUUUGCAACUGCUGGUCUGGAUAAGCUGUCUGUAUCUGUUUUUUAUGCAUCUUGGAAGCAACCAGGGUCAGAGUCACUCUGAAGUGACCAGCAGGAGACAACUGAAUUGAUAACGACUCUGAAGCCAUUUGGUCACAACUCUGAAGCAAUUUGCCAAUCCUGAAAGGUGGCCACAUGUGAAACUGUGUCUUUCCCAAUAACCCUAGUGUUGACCUCUGUUGCUCAUCAGCAAAGUUCAAGGUUCAGGCCCCAGUUGUCAUCACUGGUCCUGGAAAGCCCUAUAAACUGAGCGGUAGAAAUACCAGGACUCAGGCAUUACUUAAAAGAUCAAAUUUGGAAGCCAGGUGCUUCAGAGCAUCCCUGGGAUUCCAGGGUUGAAUCUUGCAAUAGUAACUUUUCCCAAACCCAUAAAGCCUUAGCUCUGGUUCUCCAUGGAUUCAUACCAGUCAACAUAAAAUACUGGAUUCUAGGACUAUGUGGCUAAAGGUUUGGACUAGGAGUUGGGUGUGUGACUGCACAAGACAUGGACCUCGGCUUUGUUGUCUCUAAAGUGAAGCUACAUGGAAUGGGGGCUUUGGGGGAUGCUGAAAUUCUGUUACGUUUCCUGCUUGGAAAGAUGGCCACCUAAAGCUAGGUCUUGUUUUUUUGUGGUAUGUAACAAGCCGCAUGUAAAGGAGUGUCAUUUGGCCUUGCCUUUGGUGGUAACCAGCUAGCUGCCUUUGCAGAAUGAUGAGCAAACUUGAAAGAGAUGGGCUUUCGUGAGGCUGGCCAAAUCCUGGACAAACUCCUUCCACCCUGGAGACACUAGUGGUGUAUUAGAAACAGCCACAGUAAUUGCCAGAUUUGGGCUUCUUCUAUUUUUGUCUCUGGAAACACACCAGAGCAGGUUAUUGCUGGCUCACCUGGGGGCCCUGCCGAGUGUUCAUCUAGUGUGGAAGGACCAGCUGGCCAGAACGUUAGUUUUGCAUUUAGGCACUUUAGACAUCUGUCAAGAUUUUAGCCUUAACCCAAGCAUUGAGUGACGUGAUUCAGCUCCUGGCUUUGGACCUGUGUCCUUUGGUAUUCAUCAUGUGUUGUGAUGUUAAAUAGCGUCAGGUACUGUUGUUUGUGUACUUAGUAGACUAAGCAGGCAUUCCAUACAGCUUACAGAUGUGGCUUUGAGACUCAAAGGUCAGUCUAUUGUUACUAAAUUUCCUAAAACAUCUGCAGAAGUUCUUAAUGGAAACUUACUACAAUAAUGCCAAUUCUGGGGGACAUUCUUUCUACCAUAGAUGCUAAUCCUUGAUCUUCUAGGACCUGGCUGAGCUUAAGUGCCAAAACACACCCCUCUUGACUGCCCAUAGAGACCGUUUACUACUGAGCUUCUGCUAUUUGGUUUAGUUCCUGGAAGGUUUUCUGCUUAAAGGGAUGGCUACCCAAGACACCUGAAAAGACUCAUGCUGGCUCUGAACCCAGCAACCGGGGUGAGAGAAUCUGUUAGAAGCUUUCUUAGGUCCUAAGGAGGAAGAGAGCACAAGGGAAAAAACAGACAAAGGAAAAGAUGAAUUCCUCAGCCCCACCAGGUUCCCUGGUUUAAAUCCUGUCAUGUGACUAGCUAGUUCUUUGUCUAUUUGAUUUAACAAAGGGACAGCUAGGCUCACAGGGAGAAAUCUCAUAGCAGAAAGCACCCAGUUUGCCAGGCCUUUCUGGUUAGGCCUCUGAGAGCCUGGGUUUCCUGUCUCCCCAAGCUGUUCUGCGGCUUGCUGACUCUAGAGAUCAGAGUCUUGGCGCGUCUGGUUUGAAGCAGGCUGUGAGACCAGGACCUCCUGCUGCAAAAUAAAGCAACUCCUGGGCUGAGCAGCAGGGGUGCAGCAAAGCCUCAGUUGAGGGGAACACAUUGGUAGAGGCAGCAAGUGAGCAAGAACUUGGGAGUAUCUGACUUGAGGAUAAAGACAUUUCACAGACAGCUGAACAUGAACUUUUCCUGAAAGUCAAGGUUAUGUGGUGUUGGGAGGAAAAAGCGACAGUGAAAGAGAGGUGGGUUCCACCUUUCUCCUCCCACAUGGCCUUGAAUGUGCCACUGGACAGACGCCCUUGAUCGCUGCCCAAAGAGGCUUGUAUGCUGAACUCCAAAUCCUGUUCCCACUUGGCUCUCUGGCUCUCCUUAGACACUAUUCUGGGCUUUUAAAAAACAAGCUAUUUAGAAAUGUAGGUCAAGUGAAUUGGUGCUGAAAUAUGCUAGUGUAGGAAUAUGGGAGCUUUCUUCUCUUGCCCAAGUCCGCUACAGACUUCCACUAAAUUCAGUUUCUUAGAAACCUGUUAUUCCUUCAUGGAGGAAUACAGAUAAAAUCUACAGAAACAGCCAGAAGCGCUGGCUUCCCACCUUGGCUUCCGCUGGGCAGGGUGGGUUUGGACUACUCACAUUUCAUUUUAGGUUUGUAAGCACCUCAGGUUACAAGGCAGUUUCUUCAGAAAUUCAUGCCCUCCCUCUGAAUACCUGAGACAGCCUUAUUAUCCAGCAGGCAGUCUGGGCAGAUGUCAUCUCCCGAUCAUCCACAGAGCUUGCUUUUUCAUUUGGGCAGCAAUAGCUGCAUGCUGUUGUGGCAUUCUUACAAUACCUCAUCUUGAAGUCAUGCACUUGAGGUUCUUCUGUGGAACCUCCUUUAGGACGGAAAACGUUGACUCAGUUGACAGAAGUGUAGCUGUGCUAUGGUCAUGUCAGGCUGGAACACCGAUGAGCUGCUCAGGACGGCCAGCUGUCUUGCUAAGGCUUCUCAGUAUUGCCAUCUGUUCACUUUGCAAAUCUAAAGUAGAUUUCUUUCUGCUCUCUCGACUCAGAAAUGCUCAGCUUCAAAUGCAAGAAGCACCACCAAAUAUUUCUUCUCAGUGGGAGCUUGCUCCACAGGAAGGUCCAGCGUGACUUGUAGCUGCAGAUGACCACACAUUUACUGGUUUUCAGUUACCUGGGGUCCUGUGUGUGUGUUUCCAAUCUCACUGGAGGUUUUCCGUCAGGCAGUUAAGUGCUUUGGAUUCCCCUGGAUGUGCCUCCUCUUCUUGGCAUAGUACAUAGGAACCCAACAGGUAAAAUACUUGAAACUUCUCAGUGGCCAAGACCUCUGAUCCCCUCUGACUGGUGGAAAUGGGGCUGUUUUCCUGAGCAGUCUAGGCCACCGUUUUAGUCCCUGGUCAUGUUCCUUACUUCAAACUGAAAUUCAGUUUGGCUUUGAGUAUUAGGCACAUGUGGGUUCAUCUACUUCAGUGUUUGUUUUGACCAAAAGUUUAUUUUUCUAGUGCAUUUUUCUAAGUGGUGAAAAUAUGUAAUUUUAGUAUGCAUGACUGGGUCUCCAACAAUAAAAAUCUCUGUAAGGCUGA